UGCCCCGGGCGCCUGCGCGGCGGCGGCGGCAACGGGGGUCCGGACGUGAGGGGCGGCCGCUGUUAAGUGGGAAUCGUUGCAGCUGUGGCGCUUCACGCAGCUGCUGAUCCAGGACCGGCUGCGGGACUAAAGGCGUGAGGCGCGCUGGGGUGCGGGCGGCGGGGUGGCUUGUUGCUGAGCCGCUGCCCGUCGGUGCUCCGCGGGCUGGGAGGGGCGGGGGCACGACAGAGGGGCUGGCUUUGAAAGCGUCCGUGUUUACUGUACCCAGAGGCGGCUGAGCAUGGAGAUGUUCCCGUCCCCGCUGGAGUCCGCCAAGUUUAUAGCCGGCAACAGCAAAGAUGUCUCCGUGGACGAGGAGGGGGUGCGGCGGGUGGCGGAGAGUUUGUUUGACAAAGCCUCGGCGGCGGAGUUCGGGCUGGCGGGGUGGAAGAGCCUCCACGAGCUGAAUCCGCGGGCCGCUAGCGAGGAGGCGGUGAACUGGGUGUUCCUGGUGGACACUCUCAACUUCUCUUUCUGGGCCGAGCAGGAAGAGCAGAAGUAUCUGGUGAAGUACAAGGAUAAAACGUACAGCGGCUACUGGUCCCUCUGCGCUGCCGUCAACAGGGCCCUUGACGACGGAAUACCUAUUACCAGUGCAUCGUAUUUUGCCACCAUGACGCUUGACCAAGUUAGGCAUGUAUUUCGCUCUGACACAGAAGUGCCCAUACCUUUGAUUGAAGAAAGACAUCAGGUGCUGAAUGAAAGUGGAACAGUUCUGUUAGAGAAGUUUGGAGGCUCUUUCCUCACCUGCGUUAAAAUGAGUGAGAAAAAUGCUCAGAAACUACUACAUCUAAUACUGGAAAAUUUUCCUUCUUACAGAGAUGAAGCCGUAUUUGAGAAAAAAAAGGUGUCUUUCUAUAAACGGGCACAAAUACUUGUGGCUGAUACAUGGAGUGUAUUAGAAGGCAAAGGAGAUGGUUCUUUUGAUGACAUUUCUACUCUGACUAUAUUUGCUGACUACAGAAUUCCUCAAGUUCUUGUUCACUUAAAAGCAAUGAAGUAUUCUGAAGAACUGAUGAAGAAACUACGUGAAGGAACAAUUUUCCAGUCUGGAGAUAAAGAGGAGGUGGAGAUCCGUGGCUGUUCUAUUUGGUGUUGUGCGUUGAUUUGUAAGCACCUGCUGGAGCUCUAUGAGAAGAAGGGUCAGGACAUGCGUGAAAAGAUCAAUGCGGUUUUACUCGAUUAUUAUCUUUGGGACUAUGCCAGGGAUCAUAGGGAAGAGAUGAAAGAUACUCCGUUUCACCGAGUACGGUGUAUAUAUUACUAAGGCCAGUCUGAUAAUGCAUCAAUACAACAGCUAUCUUCUAAAUUGCAAUUACGCUUUUGACAUGGUGGUUUGUCAUGUAUUAAUUGGGCACUGGCAAAAUCAAAGGCUCAUUUUCUGAUGAUGUGCUAACAACUUGCUGGUUUUUCUCUGAAUAUGUCACUUGGCAUGACUAGAAUUAAUAGCGUAAACUUUGCCAAACAAGUCACGUUAAUUCAAGGCUUACUAAUACUCCUGUAUUUGUGUACGUACAUGUAUUUGCACACAUACACGUGCGUACGGGCCUAUCUUAGCCCUCCAGGCAGGUGUGCCGUGCCUGCAAAUGCCUUGUCUAUCGCUUGUAUUCAGCAAACACUCGCCUGUCAUGGCCGCGUUUGACAACAGCUGAACUAUUGUGUUCAUUAAAUAAACAGUGCUGUGACAUAAUUC